AUGGAACCAUCCGACCCCCUCGACUCCCAAUGGAUCUCCAUCCACAUCCGCGACCGUCUCAAGAACCGCGACAUCAACAUCCGCGACUCCCUCGUCUCCCCCGGCGACUUCCACUCCCCCGACGACCCCUCGGAAUCCCUCACCGAAUCCUCCAUCGACAAAAUGACCAUACCCUCCGAUGGCCUCGGCGAAGUCUGCGCAACCGGCCGCCGCGGCAGCGAAGGCUGGCUUGACCUCUUCGACGGCGACAAGAAAAUCUGCGAGCUGCACUGGGAUAACCGGGCUGAGCGGUCGUGGAACGACUUUGAGGUGCUUGAGCCCGAUGAGGGAUACCGCGUUGAGUGCUCUGGCUGGAGUGCGGAGCGCGGACCGCUGGGCCAUGUCUUUGUUGAUGUUAGUGAGGCGGUUAAGGAGGAGGUGAGGCGGGAGAAGGAGAUUGGGGGUUUGAGGGUCUUUGAGGGUCCGGGUGUUGGCGAGAAGAGUGUGAAUGUGGCAGGCGAAGUUCCUGUGCGUGGGGGGAUGGGGGAGGGGGUGUAG